UCACAGCCUUUUCCUUUCCCAUGUUUAAAGGAGCAGAUCACUAUUUGGGACUUGCGUGACAAAAAAAACAACAGCUUUCGUAUCGUUGCUAUGAGAGAUUAGCAGUAAAUGGACUGAGCAUUUGCAUGGAUUUGUAUGUCAUCUACAAAAGUUGUAAUGCCAAAUUUAGGAUCAAGGAAGAAAGACAACCCAUCCAGAAUGGACAGACACACUGAGGAUCUGCCACAGUUGAGCAAUGAGGAUCAGCUGAGCAUCAUGAACAAGGUGAGGAACGGAGAGUGGUCCAUCGAAGAUGCUCUGAAGGAAGCCAGACAACAGAACAGCUCGACUGAAGAGGAACAGCAACCCUCACAGUACAACUUCAGUGUUCACAAGCACAACCGGUACAGGUGGCAGAAGCGGGUUCUUCAAAUUGAUUUUAAAACCAAAAUGCUGUGCAGCAUCGAGAAAGGCAUCAUCAAGCGGCAACUUCUCUUUUCGAUUGUCAAGAGUUGUGAUGAAGGAGUGGGUUCCAGGUUCUCCAUUUCCUUUAAAGGAUAUCAUGAUUAUGAAUUGGAGGCCACUUCAGGUGAAGAAAAAAACAAGAUAAUGCAGCUUGUGAAUCGGAUCAUUUAUGCGAACAUAUACAGUGACCCUGAAGAGUGUAAUGCAGAAACCCCUCAGCAGCCUGAAGCCUCACAGGGUCUUCGUGAAGGCGUCUUGUUGCUGCACAGAGGCGGCUUGGCAUCAUUCAGAUGGGUGAAAUAUAUGGUACAGCUGCGCCCAGGCGAGCUUACAAUGGUCCCCUUUAAGCGCCGGGGCCCCGCUGACGGUGAGGGGUCGUCCUCACCGACCGUCCCCAUCGUGGUUCACCUGUCGGACGGAGACACCAGCGUACCAAAACCUCACGGCUCCGACACGUUCACCCUGAUCACACACAAGAAUGAGUACCAGUUUCGGGUGCCUGUGCCAGAUUACACACCCGCCCCGGCUGGUGUUCAGGUUGAGCGAGACGCCUGGGUUCACGCCAUCGACAAACUGUGCUCAGGGUGGAAGAGGAAGUCAAUGUGCGAAAACAUGUUUGUGGGAAUACCGGCUCUACGACAUCUCAGCAUAGCAGAGGAGCCAGAGGACACAGAUCUCCAGUCGAUUGGUGGAAUAAUCACUUAUCCUCCAGUUGAUUAUAAAAAUGCAAAUCCCCCUCCUUGUGGUGAAGAUCAUUUAUCAGCUGAAGACAUGAGUAAAGAUGAUCCCACAGCUGAUGGGACAAAGCCUGUUCCUAAACCUCGCAUCAGUCAAAACCUUGCUGUUAUAGAGCCUGAUAUGUUGCCUCCCGUAUCAUCACCCACAUCCCCCGGUGUCUCUGCCUCAUCUCCCCCGACCCCCCCCCUCACCCCUCACCCCUCACCCCUGCCCUCACAUCAUCCUCCACAGCCCCAGAGUCUCCUAACCCAGAGCCUGUUGUGAAAAGGCCUCCCCCCCUGAGCACCCCGCCGCCUCCACCCCUGAGCAUCCCGCCGCCUCCACCCCUGAGCAUCCCGCCGCCUCCACCCCUGAGCAUCCCGCUGCCU